AUGUUCAAGCGGCUCCUCAUCUUCUUCUCUCUGAGUGCUCUGGCACUCGGAGAGAUCAAGCACUUCAACUGCUCAUCAACGGCACACGACGAGAUCAUCAAGGCGCACGCCGACAUGGCGUCAGGGGCGCGCAUCGGGUCGGCGGCGGCGCGGGCGUUCCUGGAGGCGCGGCAGAACUCGCCCAUCGCCGUCGACACGUACUUCCACGUAGUGACGACGAACGCCAACAAGGGCAAGUACUCGAACUGGCAGAAGAUGGCGCAGGACCAGGUGGGGGUGAUGAACAAGGCGUACAACUCGCACGGCAUCAGCUUCUCGCUGAAAGGGUCGGAGCUGACGGUCAACGACAAGUGGGCCGUCGGCGCUGACGGCGACAUGGACGCCAUGAAGAAGGCGCUGCGCAAGGGCUCGUACCGCUCGCUCAACAUCUACUUCCACUCGGACCUGCAGGGCGGCAUCCUCGGCGUCUGCACCAUGCCAAGCUCCAUCGGCAGCAACCCGACGCCCGCCACGUACCAGAAGGACGGCUGCAACGUCCAGGCCGGCACUAUGCCGGGCGGGAGCACUCUGGGGUACAACCAGGGCAUGACGGCCGUGCACGAGACGGGUCACUGGAUGGGCUUGCUGCACACGUUCGAGGGCAACUCGUGCUCUGGUGAUGGCGACUUCAUUGCUGAUACCCGCGCCGAGAAGCAGCAGACGGACGGCUGCCCCAUCGGCAAGAACACCUGCCCCGGCGUCGCCGGCGUCGACCCCAUCCACAACUACAUGGACUACAGCAUCGACGCGUGCUACGAGGACUUCACCGCCGGCCAGGAGGCGCGGAUGAAGCAGCUUUGGGCUCAGUUCAGGGACGGGAAAUGA